AUGGUAACAAUAGUUAGACGCGAAUCGCAGAUUCACAGCGCACCCCAGAGUACCCACCCCUCCAACUCCAAGGACGACGUAACUACCAUUUCCACCGUACGCGCGCCCUGCCUUUUUAGCCACUCCAACGCCAGGCCAUCCGAUCCCAAGAGACGAGCAUCGCCACACAAAACAGCGACCACCAAAUCCAAAAACAAGCAAGAAAAACAAAAUCCGAUCAUACAAGCACUGAUCAUGAAGGGAAAUCCGCUACGUAUGGUCGUGCUGUUGGCUGCGGCCGUGGUCACUACCAUGCUGUCGCUGAGCUCGUGCUGCGCGUCGUCUCCGGGCGGGGGCGGCGGCGGGCAGCUGCUGCACCCGGUGAUACUCAUCCCGGGCUCCGGCGGCAACCAGCUGGAGGCGCGUCUGACGGACGACUACAGGCCGUCCAGCCUGACCUGCCGUGUGUGGCCGCUGGUGCGCGGCCGCGGCGGCUGGUUCCGCAUGUGGUUCGAGCCGUCCGUGGUCGUCGCGCCCCUCACCCGCUGCUUCGCCGAGCGGAUGAUGCUCUACUACGACCGCGACGCCGACGACUACCGCAACGCGCCCGGCGUCCACACCAGGGUUUACGACUUCGGCUCCACCUCCACCCUCCGCUACCUCGACCCAACCCUCAAGGUCCUCACGGGGUACAUGGACGUCCUGGCGAGCACGCUGGAGAAGGCCGGGUACGAGGAGGGCCGCGACCUCUUCGGCGCGCCCUACGACUUCCGCUACGGGCUAGCCGCGCCGGGGCACCCGUCGCAAGUGGGCAGCGCCUACCUGGAGCGCCUCAAGCUGCUGGUCGAGUCCGCGUGCGCGGCCAACGACGGCAGGCCGGCGAUCCUCAUGGCGCACAGCCUCGGCGGGCUGUACGCGCUGCAGUUCCUAGCGCGCGCCCCGCCCGCCUGGCGCGCGGCACACGUGAAGCGGCUCGUGACGCUGUCCGCGCCGUGGGGCGGCUCCGUGCAGGAGAUGCUCACCUUCGCCUCCGGCAACACCCUCGGCGUGCCCUUCGUCGACCCCUCCCUCAUCCGCGACGAGCAGCGCAGCUCUGAGAGCAACCUCUGGCUGCUGCCCACGCCCAAGGUGUUCGGCAACACCACGCUCGUCUUCUCCCAGCGCCACAACCGGACCUACUCCGCCAAGAACGUCACGCAGUUCCUCAACGACAUCGGGUUCGCCGACGGGGUGGAGCCGUACCGGACGCGCACACGGCCGCUCGGCGAGGUCCUGCCGGAGCCGGGCGUGCCGGUGACGUGCCUGGUGGGCACCGGCGUCGACACGGUGGAGAGCCUCGUGUUCGGGGACGAGGGGUUCGACGCGGGGCCCGUCAAGGUGGUGUACGGUGAUGGCGACGGCACGGUGAACCUCGCCAGCCUCAUGGGACCGAUCAAGGCCUGGUCCGACUCGCCGGCGCAAGUCCUCGAGGUGGUGGAGCUGCCCAAGGUGUCGCACAUGGGCAUCCUCAAGGACAAGAGCGCCCUCGACCAGAUCCUCAGGAUUCUUGAUUCCAUCAACCUAAACGCCACCAGCACCACGACCUAUCAGUUUUAGAACAAAUAUGUUUGCAACAGUAGGUUUUUUCAGAGUCUUUUUCGUCCGGGAAGAAUGUUUUGAGAUUUGCUAGCUAUUAGUGGCACUUGCCAGAUGGGAGUAGAGAUUCUCUCAAAAAAAAAAGAGAUGGGAGUAGAGAUCAACCAUGUUCUUAUUGACUUCAACAGAGAGGCAUCUAGUGUUGAGUCAGAAUACAUAUCUUUUUAGAAAA